GGUGAAGGAGAGCGCGAUGGGAGAGAGGCGGUGAGGGACAGCCGCGAGGGGACUGGGAAGUGCCGAGCUCCGCUCUAUGGCGAGAAGCGAGGAAGGUCCCCCCGGGGGGGGGGGGGUAGGAGCGUACGAGGGUCAGUCUCUCUCCACUGCUACUGCCGCGAUGCUGCCCACGCCGAGGUGGCAGGGUUUGGAGGGCCGCGUCUACGAGCCCAGUGAGGAUUCCUUCCUGCUCAUGGCGGCGCUGGAGGGCGACGCAGAGCGACUCCGUAGCAGCCGGUACCCCUCCACUGUGCCUCUGAUUUGCCUGGAGGUUGGCUCUGGGUCCGGAGUCAUCUCCUGCUUUGUUGCUUCUAUUCUGGGCUCCACAACGAGCUACCUGACCACUGACAUCAAUCACGAUGCUGCUCACUGCACAAGCGUCACGGCCUCGCUCAACCACGUGACGCUUCAGCCGAUCAUCACCGACCUGGUUCACGCGCUCCUCCCACGUCUCUCCGGCUCCGUCGACCUCCUGCUCUUCAAUCCUCCCUACGUCGUCACGGAAUCCAGCGAGGUGGGGCUGGGGGACGUGUCGAGCGCAUGGGCGGGUGGCGCGAGGGGUCGCGAGGUCGUGGACCGACUCCUCCCCCUCGUGGCAUCGCUGCUCUCCCCCUCGGGGGCGUUCUACCUCGUGUGUGAGCAGCACAACGCCCCCGGAGAGGUGAUGGCGUGGUUUCGUGAUCGUGGCUUCUCCUCAUCCUUGGUCAACUCCCAGAGAGCGGGAACAGAAAUCCUCUCUGUGCUGAGGAUUGAGCGUUCGACGUCAGAGAGACACACACACACACUCGGAUAAAUGCACACGGACUCAUAGAGAUGCACACAACAACCGCCAUUUGCCACUGAGUGGCAGUGAUGACACCAUGGCGCUUGUGCCAAGG